UUUGCCUAUUGAACUUAACGGAAACACUCGAAGUCCGAUCCGUCCGUCCGAUAGCCCACGCUGACACCACUAUGGCCCCGCCCACCGCGGUUACACGUCCAAUCGCACGGACUUCACUCGCAGCUCUGACCCACAGCCGAAGCCGCGCUUAAAACCGUGGAACGACGGCGUCUCCACCAUUCAUAACAGCGGUGCGUUAAAAGGCAAGAUCUUGAGAACCGAGUCGUCAAAUCCAACAGGAAGCGGAAUUAAAGCGCACUUUAUUCACCGGACUAGACGUGCGCUUGGAUAACGCAUUCUCUCUCGCGCUUUCUCCCCUGUUUCUUUGUGUUGCGAUCGGUAUCACUGUACGUUCCAGCAAUACAGUAUAGUGGCAAGGCUCAAAGUUGCACCAUCUUGCAGUGAUCUUUCUGCUCUUUCCCAAUGAACCCAACGAACUUGGAGACGGGUCGCAAACCAAGCAUGGGAUUACUUUUGUGAUGUGGAUUGUAACAACCUUGGGGGAGAAAAUUGCCUUCCUUCUCAACAAUGUGAGAGGUCCUGCGUCCUGGAUUCUCAUUUUUCUGGAUAUCCUGAAAAUAAUCGGCAACAGUUGAGAGACGCUUUUGCUUGGGUUUGCUCUCUCGGGUGUCUCGCCCGCAUGUGUGUUGUGGGACCAACAUGGGAUUCUUGUUGCCCCUAUAACCAGAACACCGCUUGAAGAAGGUUCCACUCAUGUCUAACUUGCUUUCAGAGACCUUUACCAAUGCGUUUGCUAAAGUGCGCCUAUCGUCCGAUAGGAUUUUAAAAAGAUUUAUUCGCCUUAUAAAUUCAAUCAUGAACUUUGCUGUCCGCGUGCUCCAGUUAUUUAUUGUGACGCUUCUGUAUUUUUCAGCUGUCAAGAGUGCCUACAUACCCAAGGAGGGAGGCAGAAGGACGUAUGACGUGGUGCCAUUUAUGGAGGUGUACAACAGGUCGCUCUGCCGUCCUCGAGAAGUGCUGGUGGAAAUUCAGCAGGAAUAUCCCGAUGACAUCGAGCAUAUCUUUAUCCCGUCCUGCGUGGUCCUGACCCGCUGCGCUGGGUGCUGCAAUGAUGAGAUGAUGGAGUGCACCCCCACCGUCACCUACAACACUACCCUCGAGAUCAAAAGGGUCAGGCCACUCCACCAUCAGGGCGACUAUUUAAUGAGUUUUGCAGAACAUAGUGAAUGCCAGUGUCGGCCGAGAAAAGAUGUUCUGGAGAAAAGAGAAAAAAAACCCCGGAAGGGCAAAGGCCAAAAGCGAAAGGGAAAGAAAAACCGCGAAAAAAAGCAGGAUUUCACUCAGUGUGAGCCCUGCUGUAGCACAUGCUCGGAAAGGAGGAGAAGGUUUUUCGUUCAAGACCCAGAGACGUGUCUGUGCUCCUGUAAAAACUCAGAAGCUGACUGCAGGUCUCGAAAUCUGGAACUCAACGAAAGAACUUGCAAAUGUGACAAACCGAGGAGGUGAACCGUGCGGAGGUCAGACUUUGGCACGAUGGAAUAUUUCACCAAUAACUCACGGCACUUUCAAUUUUCAGCAUCCCCUUUUUUUGAGCCAUCGCAGUGAGAAUGAAUUGCAGGGGAAGGGGGGUCGACAAAAUGUUGUGUCUGUAUAUUUUUACCAUUAGAGACUCAAAGCGCAGGAUUUGAUUUGCUGCUAAAGGGUGUCUAGAAAUGACCUGCAAAAACGUUUCUGAUCGCGGCUGGCUUGCACCAACCCGUAAACAAAAGCAUUUGACGGAACGCAUCACUGGAUUUGGGGUAACUGUGCGUGAACUUACACGAAAACGAAUGAAUAAUUGUGUGGAAGAUUGCAACACAUGAGCGAGUGUCGAUGUGGAAUCAUUCCUGUUUGUUUGAGAACAGCGAGCGCAAUAUUCACGUUUUUCGAGAUGGACGCAAAGACCGUAAGAGAGACUGAUUUGACUCCGGCAUUGGAAUGUCAGACGGUGAUGCCAUGGAAACCUGCGACUGUGGUAAAUGUUUGCACGAAGCUCUGACCUUGAACAGACGAACCCAAGAAGAUUUUGGUCACAUUCACACUUUAAAGGGAUAUUCAUUCUUCAUAUGUUGGGAAACCACUUCGUGCAGAUUCAUGCAAUCACACUACUAGGGAUCUGAGAGGAUGAGUGUUUUUUUGUUCCCUCAAACAGUUCAGUAAUUUAUGAUUUGUUUUUCUCAGUAUUCUUUCUUUGUAUUUAAUUUGACCUAUUUAUGUUCAGUGUUGAAAUGGAUCUUCUCGCCCGUUUUCCGUCUGCAAAUCUUUUCGUGCUGUUUCAAUAUUAGUAGAACAGAAAAACAUUCCUAGAAACUGAUGAGCAAGUUCCUCUGCCAACUGCCUUGAAUUUGCCAACGUGCUGCAAAAGUGUGUGUGUGUGUGCGUGUGCCAUCCAUCCUAGACAUUUGUGUAAAUGUGAUCGUGUGUGCUUAAGAGGUUGACGUUUGUGCGUGGGCAAGUGUGUCAUACGCAUCAUAUAUUAAUAUAACAGCCAAAUGCACAUACAGACCGAUCCCAUGCCAUCUUUUACUACAAUAAGAUCUAACAGUAUGCCCAGCAGUCUGAUGUGCAGAUUUACAUUUUAAACAUUAUUUAUUUACUCCCUGUAAAUAUGUUUAUUAUUAACAACAUUUUUUUGUGUCUAUGUAAUGUAGUAAAACAUAUUUAUUUUCAAAUUAUAUUGCCCUUUUUCUAUAAAACCUUGUUUGAAUUAUACUUUUGAUGUGUCGAUACGAUUAGGUGACGACAACUUUUGCAAAAAGCUAUGAGUAUAUUUUUGUAGGUGCCAAUGGCAGAGGUAUUUAUUAUUCACAACAUAAUGUUUAGAUUGCUGUGUGGAAACGUUAACGUUAUCAGUAAGCUAUUUAUAAUGGAUUUUGUAUUAUAUGAUAAAUUGGACAAUAAUCUUUGAGUAACGUGGUUGUAUCAGCAUUUAUUGUACAGCAUUGUAUGGGCUUCGUCCAGUUUGCCAGCAUUCUGAUGAAUGUUUCUGGGCUGAACGUCAGGACGUUUCAAUGGCACUGUUCAAAGUCACUGAAUCAGAGUUCAUACUGAGCUGCAGGGGUUCCGCAAGUCCCCGUCCUGGGACUUCGACUGUUUGCUUUUAUUGUCAGCUUAAGUUUCAGCCUUCAAGCUAUAUUCAAUGGAAAAUCACCACUGUAUUUUAAUGAGUGCUAUAGCCUGAGAAAUCCCUGACGUCUAUUAAAAUUCAUUCCAUAGUGACAGGAACAAGACGAGACAAUUUGAUAAGACUGUAUGUGUCCAUAGCAUAAAUGCCAAAUCAAAUGAGUGCCGAGACUAACAGAAAUGUGUUGCGGUUUGUAUUUGUUGUUUUGGAUGUGCAAUGUUGCCUACAGUUUGAUUGGUUGCACCAAUACAGAUUCCAUUUCAAAAUAUUCUUACUGUGUCCUCAACUUCAGCCUUGGACAACAUUAUUUGAAUGUUUUGGUUUAAAGCGUGCAAAUGUUCAACCAGCUAUAACCAUUCCAGAGGUUUCCCACCUCUAAACCCCAUCUGACAGGUCCAUGUGAUCCGGAAGCCGUCAGUCGAUCGUAGUUAAUGAGGCUUAAGAGUUGUUUAAGAGUGCAGUGAUUGUUUUGAAACGGCUGAUUUUACUCUGAGCGACACGCCACUUGCUUUAGAUUAACCGCUAUAUUUAACACAAUAUGACCAUGUGAAACGCUUAGCAGCAAUUUUAACUACCUAUGAAAUGUAGGAUAAGCCUGUUGCCAGCCUCUCUCCACAAGCACAGGGCCCUCGGCUGCUUAAAUACCCCAAGAAUGUUGUAAGUGCACUGAAGCUGCGAUUAGCGGAGGAAUUUUGGAAAGGCAGCUCCCCGUCUCCCGAUUAAACCAUCAUAGUGUUGAAUCCUGUGGACUUUACCCCAUCAGUUUAACUAAAGAGUUACAAGCCAUGAACCGGAAGGUUGCAGGGUUAAAGCCCAUUUAGACCUUGACAGCUGUGCAAGAUGGAAGAAAUGGUGCCAUUAUUGUACCCGUGACAUGCUACUGAUUUAACCAUAUUGAAGUAUAUUUGCCUACAAUAUAUUACAAUGUGUGUUUUUUAUAAGAAUAUCAGACCAUUUGCGUGUCCUCAUUCUUCACUAUUACAUUAUAGUAGAUUUUAUAUAAAGAACAAUUCUCAAGGCCAAAGCAUUCAAUUAAUAUAGUAUUGCUGGCCAAGUUAAAUAUUGAAAGUUCAUAAUUAUCAUAACUUGAAAUAAAAAAAAAAACAUUUUGACAGGCAUAGUGUGUGUACUGAGCAUAGAAACAGGUUUCAGUUUUGGUUGAUUUGGUUACAUGUAUCAGAGAUGCACAGUGCAUGCCUUCAUUAUGAUUUUAUUGUUUGGUGAGCGGUAAUAAAUUGUCAUGUUGCUGAAAAUAAACUGGAAUUUACCCUCAUUUCCAACAGAGUGCCGUGACCAAGGUCU